AUGGAAAGUGAAAUGGCUCAUGAGGUUUCUGCAAGUGGUUCUAGGGUUGUAAAUAUCUCAGAACCAUCUGAAAAAUGUCCUUCGAUUACUUUAAUUGAUGAUAAGGAUGACAACAAGUAUGAUUCAUGGAAAAUUUCAUUGAUAGGUAGAUUGGAUUUUCUUCGAAUUAAAUUUGUUGAUGCAAUGGGUAUUUUGAGAAAUCAGUGGAAGUUAACAGGUGAUUGCCAUUUAAUUCUGUUGGGUAAAGGUUUUUUCAUAAUCAAGCUAUCUAAUGAAGUAGAUCAAAAUUACAUCAGAAAUUAUAGGUGGGAUGUUCAAGAUCAGGUAUUAAGAACUCGAAAUUGGAUUCCUAACUUUAGGCCUGAAAAUCAAAGAACUUCUCAUGCAUUGGUUUGGGUUUCUUUACCAGGUUUGAGUUUAGAAUACUGGGAUGAAAAAAAAUUAUUCACAAUUUGUGAUGCAAUUGGAAAUCCUGUUAAAAUGGAUGAUGAUACUAUCAAGUAUUCAAGUGGAUAUGCUGCAAAUGUUUUAGUUGAAUUAGACCUUUCAAAACCAAUUCCAAACAAGCUAUGGAUUAUUACUAAAUAUGGUAGUUUCUCACAAGCUAUUGUUCUUAAUAAACUCCCAAAAUUUUGCUCUCAAUGCAAGCUUGUUGGUCAUUUAUUAUCUGAAUGUAGAUUUAAGAAGAAUUCUUCUAUGGAACACCCCACUGAUUCUUCAGCUGAGAGUUUUGAGAAACCAAUUGAUAAGUCUCAGGUGACUAAAAUUCAAGAACCUUUUGAUAUUUUUCCUCCUCCAACAGUGCCUAAUAUUGGCAAUCCUCAAUCAGAUAAUGAUGUUCUUAUUACAAAUGGAAAGUUCAGCUCUUUACAAGAUGAUGAAAUGGUUGUUGGGGAAACUAGAUAUUGUCUACUAAAAAUGCCUGAAUUUUUUUUGCAUAUGUACUGUUUUAUUGGCAUAUAUGCUUGUUGUUACACAAAUUUGUUUUUUGCAUAUGUACUGUUGAGAAAUUAUGUUCAUUAUGUACACAUUUUAGUGGAAAAUAUCACUAAUUUCUAUAUAUCCACGUCCGAGCUUUUUGAGAAUUUGUUCGUGUCCACAUCCGCGCCAGUGCAACCCAAUUUGGGAUUCUCAACAAGGAGAGCUAGGCUUGUUAUCAAAUAUUAG